UAAAUUCAAUGGUACUGCAUAACCUAUAAUAAUCUAUCAAUAACCUAUGCAACAUUAUUUAAUUUUCCUUAUUAAUAUCUGUGUGUUUUAGAAAUGUAUUCCCAGCUUAUAUUAAAAAGAUUUUUUUGUAACAGCAAUUCAUUGUUUGCUGCAGAGAAGUCCCUGCUGGCCACUCUUCGAAAAAAGACAGGUUAUACAUUUUCAAAUUGCAAGAAGGCUUUAGAGUUAAACAACAACGAUCUCACAAAGGCAGAGUCCUGGUUACAUGAACAAGCACAAGCUUUGGGUUGGUCAAAAGCAACCAAACUAGAGGGACGAAAGACAAAUCAAGGAUUAGUAGCAGCAACUGUUCAAAACCAAAAUGCAGUACUGGUGGAAAUUAAUUGUGAGACUGAUUUUGUUGCAAGAAAUACUAAUUUCCAAGAAAUGGCAGAAGCUGCAGCAAGGGCUUGUAUAGAAUUCUCAAAGAAGUAUGCUCUUGGUGAAAAUCCUUUAAUAAAGAUCGACUUAGAAUCCAGACAGUUAAAUGAGCUGCCAACUGCAGAUGGUAAGUUACUAUCAGAUCAACUGGCACUUAUGAUUGGAUUGGUUGGAGAGAAUGCUUCCCUUAAAAGAGGAAUUUGCUUCAAAGCUGCUGAACAAAUACAUCUUUCUGUAUACACACAUCCCUAUGGAAAUGAAAGAAAUGGGAUUUUAUUGGGAAAAUUUGGAGGUGUUGUAGCCUUUCGACAAAUCAGACCAAGUGGUGUUGAUAUUAAAAAAUUAGGGAAAGAUUUAUGUCAACAUAUCGUUGGGAUGAAUCCUGACAGGAUUGGGACAGUGUUUGACAAACCAGCUGGAAACACUGAUGAUGAGAAAUGUUUAAUUUAUCAAGAGUUUCUGUUAGAUAGUGAGUGGACUGUUGGUGAUUUGCUGAAAGAAAAUGGAAUUGAAAUAAUAGACUUUAAGAGAUUUGAAUGUGGUGAAACAGAUAAACGAAUUGAAGAAGAUACUCCAGAAAAAAUAACAACUUGUCAGUAACUGUAGACAUAAUACUAUAUAAGAAUAAAUUCAUGUUAUAUUUGAA